GACGAGCCCAGCCGAGCCAUGGCGGCGGUCGUGUCGCACACAAUCGCUCGUGGCUUUCACGAGGUAACUCACGUUCGCUCCGUACGACGCGUCAAAUAAAAGAUACUUUGCUUUGCUCGAAAUUUUCCCCUGUCGCGUCGCGUCAUUUACUCGUCCCUUAUUUUAUCCGCGAAAACUACUCAUUCUCUUCUCUUCUCUCUCGUAGCGAGACUCUACCGUUGUUAAUUGAAAAAAAGUGUCGAGCUGUCAAAGCGCGCGCGUUCCUUUUCACGACUCUUUCGGACGGCGGGAGGGAGAGGAACGGAGAUAGAGAGAUAGACGCAAAGAAGGAUACUUUGUCGCGUCGUGUCAGGCGUCGCGCUGCCAAGUCGUGCACGCGCGACGCCUUAGCGUUUACCAGAAGAGAUGACCUCUUUGACAACAUUUCUCUGAAGUGUUCCUCAAGAAUAAGGAAGAAGAAGAAGAAGAAAGAACAAAAUAAAUUUACUCUUAGCUUUUGGGGCUGCACACGUGUGUCAUCCGUCAUUUGAUUGUCGCUGACGCUGACGCUGCUGGCGCAGACGCGAUGUCGCUCUUCGAACUGACGUCGAUUCUUUUCCUCGUGCUUGCCUCGCCUGCCUCGGGAUACUUCAAUCUUUUUCUCAGCCAGGCAGAAGUACGCAAACUCAUGGGUCUCCAAGCGGAAUUGUUUUACGUGAGAGAAGGUGUGAUCAACGAUUAUGCCAUUAAAUUCGUUGUACCGGUUCCAGCGCAAGUUCACAAGUUGCAUUUCACAUGGCAAAAUCUUGCUGGCAGACCGCUUCCUUACACGUUGGACGUAGAUAUCAGCAAUCCAUCCGCACUAAGCAGCUCGCUGAACAUCUCUCAAACAGGCGAGAUGCCGGUUGGUAUCGUACAAACUUGGGCCCUAGCUUUGCAUUGUGGUCCAUACGAUGCCGAAGUGGACCUAACCUUACGAAUAAAUGUUUCCGUAUCUAAGAGAAAUACAACGAGUUUAGAAUUUAGACGAAAAAAGAUCUGCUUAAAAGAGAAGAGCAGUUACACCGGACCCGAAGAGGUUUUAGUAGCUGCUUCGGGUUCUACUUCCGGUGGACAGGUGUUCUACGCAGCCAUCGGAUGUGCCUGUGCCUUUAUCGCUGCCUUAAGCGUUCUCGUGGUGGCCUAUUACGUUCGAGAUAAGAAGGCCAGAAGGCAUAGGGAUCCUUUACAAGAGUCCAGAGGUAUCAGCUCCGCGUGUAGCGUCGAACGAGGAACAGGGGUUGGUCCAGCGCAAACCUUCCUAUCUCCGGAAACUCCACCACCCUCGGCGUCUGGAGCAUCAGCGUCCACUUAUAGAAGAUUAGACGACAGACCUAGUCGAGAGCUACACGAGAGAAUUCAAGAGAUCACCGUACAAAGAUGCAGGGUGCGUCUUCUCAGCAUAGAAAUGGAGGGCACCUUUGGUCGCGUGUAUAGGGGUAGUUAUCACGAGGAGGGUGCUUCGUCUCCGAGGGACGUUCUAGUAAAAACAGCCGCCGAGCACGCCUCGCAGUCACAAGUCGCCCUUCUCCUACGAGAAGGUUUAGCUCUUUACGGUUUGAGUCACCCAGCUUUACUCCCUGUCCUGGGUGUCUCGAUCGAGGACAGAAGCGCGCCCUUCCUUCUAUAUCCGCAUACCGGUUACAAAAACAUGAAGAGGUUCUUACUAAGGUGUAAGCUGAGCAGCGAAGGACCACCGAGGGCCCUUACAACUCAGGAAGUCGUCGAAAUGGCACUUCAAGCUGCCAAAGGGGUUCAGUAUCUUCAUAGGAAACGACUUGUCCAUAAAGAUCUUGCUGCGAGGAAUUGCGUGGUCGACGAUGAUCUACGAGUUCAAAUAACGGACAACGCCCUUGCUAGAGAUCUCUUCCCUCAGGAUUACCAUUGUUUGGGAGAUAACGAGAAUCGACCAAUCAAGUGGUUAGCUAUAGAGAGUCUACUUGGUAAAACGUUUACCACUGCGUCGGACGUUUGGGCAUUCGGCGUUCUCCUGUGGGAAUUAACGACACUGGCGCAACAACCCUACGUCGAAGUAGAUCCAUUCGAGAUGGCCAGUUAUCUUCGAGACGGUUACAGAUUAGCUCAGCCGAUCAAUUGUCCUGACGAGUUAUUCGCAGUGAUGGCCUAUUGUUGGGCCAUGUCUCCCGACGAGAGACCUACUUUCGGACAAUUAAUAGUUUGCUUGCAGGAUUUCCACACGCAAUUGACGAGAUACGUUUAAUGCUCGUACGAGUAAUAGUAAAGAAAUAAUAAUAAUAAUAAACUCGUUUAAAUAUCGAGCGAAUUCGACGUAGGGAGGGGCUGGGGAAGGGGCGGACGUGUGUGUUCAUGUAUACAUUUGUAAGCAGGGUGAUCAAUUUGAAUCUAAUCGUAAGAGCAUAAGUAUUUCAGUGAAUAAGUACAUAAAAUGAAAUGAAAUAUGUGUGAAACGAAAUUAUAAACGUUCACUAAGCAUCUAUUUCAUUUGAUACAAUUCCUAUUUACUUGAAUACUUUCUAAAUGAAUUCGUUGAAAUUUGUCGAUCAUCCUGUAUAUAUUCGUUCAAUAGCUAUAUCUCGUUCAAAGUACUUACUAUUGCAAAUUCGCACGUCGUUAACGUGUCGCUUAUUUUACUCGAAAUCGAAUAACUCGAAUAAUCCAUGCGUUAAGUAUCGAUCCUAUCCAACUGCCAGCAAGCAUUUCGUCUUUCCUUCGCAUACCAAGCCAUGAUAUGUAGCCUAUAUAUUAGAGAGAGAGAGAGAGAGAGAGAGAGAGAGAGAGUAAGAGAGAGAAUGGGCGAGUAUCCGGAUAUGGGAUGAUACUUACGUAAAUGAUGAUCGAAACGUCGUGAUUAGGAAUAUUGGAAAGCGAUCAAUCUUCUUCUAUUCGCGAGAAAUCAGGAGAGUGUUUCAUCAAAAUAAAUUCAAUACUCUGCAUAUAGCAUAGUGAUCUGUCUAUGUAUCUAUAGAAUAGUGCAUUGUGCAUUUACGAUCGAUCAGGUUUCUAUCAGCUCGAAUAAGAAGAAUAGAGUUUCGAAUAUCGUCGUCAAAAGGUUUAUAUAGGAAAGAAAAAAUGAAUGCUUCCCUUGCCACGCUAGUCUUUCGACAGUGCCAAUUCCUUUUGUAUUUUUGUACAUACUUACUAUUCGUAUUAAUUCUUCGUACGCACCUAUAUCUGUAUAUGUAUAUUUAAUAUUCGCGAUAAGCGUACGCUUCGAAAUCCAACCAGAGGAAAAUAAAAAAAACAAAAAGAGAAUAUAUUCUAUGUAAAUAUACGUAUAUAUCAAAACGAACGACUAUAUAUAUUAUAUAUAUACAUUUGCGUUUAUUAAGUCGAGAGAGUUGAAACGAUCGAAAAUAUUCUGUCCUGUUUUAGUAAUAUCGCAGCCAAAUGGCGAGCAAGGAAAAUAAUAUUUCAUCUUUUACAUCGUCUCUCUCUUACGACUCGACGAAUUUACUAUUAUAAGUAUCCUUAAGAAUCGCUAUGAAUGUACAAACUCGCCGGAAACGUUACAUAAAAAUCAAGAAAAAAGAAAUAAAUUUAUAAUGUAAAGGGGAAAAAAAAAGAACAAAAAGAAAACAAAACGAUACG